AUGGGAACACCAAGCAACGACCCAUCGACCCACCUGCAAAACGAACAAGACAUUAGCACAGCACAGCCAACAGCGAAUUCAUGUUGGGAGAAGGCAACACGGAUUCCAAUGCAACACCAAAAAUCUCCCCAACUAGGCGAAUGGAGCUAUGCCCAAAAGAAAUUCAGACGGCCAAACAAUCCCGUGAAGAGACAUCAUCAGGCCAUUCCCCCAACUUGCUGCCCUUGGAAACGACAAGCCAACCUGGAAGUGGACGAAAAACGGCAAAUUUAG